GUGAAUCUAUUGCCAAAGAUUUUGUUUUCAAAUAAGAGAGAGAAAAGAAAAUGGAUUUGACAACCGUGUUGAUAAUAGCAGUUUUUAUUGUUGGAGCUGUUUUUAUUUAUAAUAUGUAUAGUAAUCAGAGCAAGGGCAAGACAGCUUCCGGAGAUGCCUACAGUUCAUCAUCAGAUUCUGACAGUGAUGAAGAAGAAGAAAAGAUUGAAGAGAGAGAAUUUACUCUUGAAGAAUUACACACCUACAAUGGUGUUGAAAGUUCUACCAAUCCUAACAAGAAAAUCUAUGUUAGUGUUCUUGGAAAGAUUUUUGAUGUUACUGGUAGUGGCUUCUAUGGACCAAAUGAAACAUAUGAUAUGUUUGCUGGACAUGAAAGCUCUGUGGCUUUAGCCAAGAAUGAACUCAAGCCAAGUCUUUUGGAUCAAUUGGAUAUUUCUAGUCUUGGUGCUUUUGAAAAGGAUAACUUGUACGGAAUGUAUAAUCACUUUGAAAUGAAGUAUAGAGUUGUCGGAUGGCUGAAGGAAUGGGAGGAUAUGAAUAAGAAGGAUAAAUAAUGUAAAUAAAUAAUUAAUUAUUAAUUU